GCAGCAUAACCCAACGUUGUACUCAAUGUCGUGCCUGCACUUGUUACUCCUUCUGCUCGGGGUGGUGUCACUCACCACUUCAGCCUCUGCAAACUACUACUAUGAGCCUCCACCCCUUGGGAAGCCACCAAUUUACGGGCAUCCACCCUUUGAGAAGCCGCCACCAGUUUACACACCUCCCAUCUAUGAGCCACCUCCGACUUAUCGGCCCCCAUUUGAAAAGCCACCAAUCUAUGAGCCUCAUCCUCCCUUCGAGAAGCCUCCAUUUUAUGGACAUCCUCCUUUUGAGGAGCCACCGCCAAUUCAUAAGCCACCAUUUGAGAAGCCGCCCGUCUAUGAGCCUCCUCCGGUAGAGAAGCCACCACCUCAUGUUCACACGCCACCAGUUGAAAAACCACCAACUUACGAGCCUCCUCCACAUGAGAAUCCACCAGUUUACGAACCACCUCCUCAUGAGAAGCCUCCACCUGUUCGCAAACCACCAACUGAAAAACCACCCGUUUAUGAGCCUCCUCCGCAUGAGAAGCCACCUCCUACUCAUCACAAGCCUCCUCAUGAGAAGCCGCCGCCUGUUCAUCACAAGCCACCACCAGUUGAAAAACCACCAAUGCAUGAGCCUCCUCCUUAUGAGAAGCCACCACCCAUUCACAUGCCUCCUCAUGAGAAACCACCGCCUGUUCAUCACAAGCCACCAAUGCAUGAGCCUCCUUCACAUGAGAAUCCACCAACUUAUGAGCCUCCUCCUCAUGAGAAUCCACCAACUUACGAACCACCUCCUCAUCAAAAGCCUCCACCUUUUCACAAGCCUCCUCAUGAGAAGCCUCCACCUAUUCACAAACCACCAAUUGAAAAACCACCUGUUUAUGAGCCUCCUCCACAUGAAAAACCUCCAACUUAUGAGAAGCCUCCGCCCAUUCACAAGCCUCCUCAUGAGAAGCCACCUCCUGGUCAUUACAAGCCACCAAUUGAAAAUCCACCCAUGCAUGAGCCUCCUCCUUAUGAAAAGCCACCACCCAUUAAUAAACCACCAUUUGAAAAACCACCUAUCUAUGAACCGCCACCUACUUACAAACCACCAAUUGAGAAGCCACCAUUUUAUGAGCCUCCUCCAUAUAAGAAUCCACCAAUUUAUGAGCCACCACCCAUUCACAAGCCGCCAUUCUAUCAACAUCCUCCCAUUGAAAAGCCUCCGACUUACUCACAGCCGCCCUAUGGCCAUUAUCCUAAGCACCCUCCGUCAAAGCGUGCCCCGUGACACCGUCAUCAUUUUGUUUUCUAUAAAUAAGAGCUUUCGAAUGUGAUGCUUUGUUUUAAUUUCAUGUCUGGUGAGGUUAUAUGUACGUAGUUGCUGCGUUGUACUAUAUCAUGUUUAUCCCUACAACUGUAUGUACAAUAUGAACGACCGCUUCAAAUUAAAUAAAGAUGUUUUCCUGAGUUUCUUGUUUAAA